ACCACAAGUUGUGACAGUGCCUGUUGAUCUAAAAGAUCAGUCUGAGGAAAAUGGUUCCUCUAAAGAUCAACCAUUAAUGCAGGACAUGCUAAAAAAUGUCCCUGAGCACUUAUGGUCCAAACAUGAUACAGAUGUGGGUUUAGUAAAAUCUGCAGAACCAGUCUCAGUUCAAAUAAAACCAAAUGCACGGUUUCCUUUUCGCCAGCAAUACCCAUUAAAACCAGAAGCAGAACAAGGCAUUCAGAAAACCAUUGACGGAUUGAUGCAAGCAGGUGUGCUGGUGGAAGUAGAAAGUCAAUGUAAUACUCCAAUUUUUCCAGUUCUGAAAGCAGACAAAAACAAAUACCGUCUUGUUCAUGACUUAAGAGAAAUAAACAAGAUAAUAGUAGACGCAGAAUCGGAUGUGCCAAAUCCAAAUACUCUUUUAAAUUCAAUACCAUCAGAAGCAUAUUUUUUCACCGUUAUUGAUCUCUGUUCAGCGUUUUUCAGCAUUCCGCUAGCGGAAGAGUCACAACAUUUAUUCGCAUUUACCUACAGAGGUAAAAAGCUCAGUUAUACCCGAUUGCCUCAAGGGUUUAAACUUAGCCCGCACAUAUUUAAUCAGGUGCUAAAAAAUGAUUUGGAAGGACUCAAUCUAACUGGAACUGUGUUACAGUAUGUGGAUGAUUUGUUAAUCUGUGGAAACACACUAAAUGACUGUCAUCAGGACUCAAUCAAAGUUCUACAAAGAUUAGCAGAGGGAGGACACAAGGUCUCCAAACAAAAACUACAGUAUUGUCAACCACAGGUAGAUUACCUAGGAAGACAAAUAUCCCAAGGAACAGUUGGCAUUUCACCUUCUCAGCUGGAAGGUGUCAGCAAAGCUCCAAGUCCACGAACAGUUGGCGAAAUGAUGACAUUUUUGGGAAUGACAGGUUUCAAUGCAGACUGGAUUGAAAACUAUGCGGAAAAAUCAGCACCACUUAGAGAGCUCAUAAAAGAAACAGGAAACCAGUCAUUAAAAGCAGUGUUAAAAUGGACAACAGAAGCUAAAAUAGCUUUUGAAACACUAAAACAGGAAAUGCAAGUGGCACCAACUUUGGCAUUGCCAAACUAUGACAAACAAUUUUACCUGUAUGUAGCCAACAGAAAAAACAUGUACGCAUCAGCUGUACUAAUGCAAGAAACCUGUGUAGGACGACGAAAACAAGCCAUUGCUUAUUACAGCACUAAACUAGACAAUGUGGCCCAAGGUUGGCCACCAUGUUAUCAAGGUCUAGCAGCAGUCUACUACGCUUAUGAAAAAGCAUCAACCAUAACAAUGGGUUAUCCGGUAACAAUACAGACCCACCACAAAAUCACAGAACUGAUAAACCAAGGAAAGUUUGUGAUGACUCAGGCAAGAUGUUUACAGUACAUGCCACUUUUAACAUAUCCAGAUGUAACAGUACAAAGGUGCACAACAAACAACCCUGCUGACAUGGUACCUCUACACUGUGAAGGAGAACCACACGAGUGUCUUGCAGAAACAAUGAAAUUCACAAGACUAAGACCCGAUUUAGAGUCAACUCCGAUAAUGAACGCGGAAGUCACUUAUUUUGUUGACGGGUCAUGUUUCAGAGAUCAUCUUGGAAACCACGCAGGUUAUGCUGUGGUUAAACAAGUAGGAGACAAUUUUGUAACAGUCAAAGCAGAAAAAUGUGAGCAACCAUGUUCUGCCCAAAAGGCAGAACUAAAAGCUUUGACAGAAGCGUGCAAACUAGCAAAAGGAAAAGUAGCAAACAUAUUCACAGACUCGGCUUAUGCCCAUGGGGUGUGUUAUCUGUUUGCUGCUGUUUGGAAACAAAGAGGUUUCAAACGAGCAGACGGCAGUCCAGUAUUACAUCAAGAACAGCUAAAAGAGCUGAUUGCAUCGAUGAUGCUGCCAUCAAGACUGGCAGUGAUCAAAUGUAACGCCCAUCGUAAAGGUAAUGAUUUAGUCAUUAAAGGGAACAACGCCGCAGAUGAGGCAGCAAAACUAGCAUCAAAGUGCCAGAUGGCUAUCUUGGCACCAGUGGUCACCUUGGAACCAAUGGUGACACCAGAAGACAUAAUUUUGAUGCAGCAGGAAGCAGGUGAGAGUGAGCACUCUCUCUGGGCGCAGAGAGGUGCGACAAUGAGUGAAAAUGGUUUGUGGAGAUCACAAAGUGGACAUUUAGUUGCACCAGUAGCAUUGUUGACAAUGUUGGUCUCAGAAGCACAUGGUUUGGAUCACUGUGGUAGAGGUAAAGUGAUGGAGAAGUUGAAAAAGCAAGGUUAUUGGUCGCCUUACAUGCAAGCAAUGGUGGAUGAAAUCUUGAGCCAAUGUGAAAUAUGUGCAGAAAACAAUGUACGAAAAGGCAUAAAAUCACCGAUUGGACACAUUCCGGUCCCUGAGGGACCCUUUAAACAUCUUGUGAUAGAUUAUGUUGACAUGAUAAAGCCAGUGCAAGGGAAAAGGUACAUGCUGGUUGUGAUCGAUCGGUUCAGCCGAUGGGUUGAAGCAGUCCCAUCAAAGACAUUGGGAGCUGAGACAGUGAUUAAGUUUCUGACAAGAGAGGUGAUUCCGAGAUUUGGCAUCCCAUCAGAAAUCAGUUCAGAUAAUGGUUCAGCUUUUAUCCAAAAGGUGUUAAAAGGUGUUUUGUUAAAGCUAGGAAUUAAACAACGCUUUGGAGCAAUCUAUCACCCGCAGAGUGAGGGUAUUGUUGAGAGAAUCAAUGGGACUUUGAAAGCUAAGCUGAAUAAAAUCUGUGCUUCUACUAACCUAAACUGGGCUGAUGCUUUGCCGCUUGCGCUAAUGAGCUAUCGCAUGCAGAUGCACCGCAGCACACAUUUAACCCCGCAUGAAAUGCUAACAGGCAGAACAAUGCCAGUGCCUGAAUGGAGGCUUCCAUUCAAAGGCCCGGCACUUGAACAGCUACAGACAGAGUUGAAAGCAUAUAUGGACCAACUAACUGCUAUCCAUAGAGCUAUCUAUCUGCAGGAAAAAGCCAGAAGUUCCUGUCCAGAGUCGGUGGUGAAGAGACCAGUCGAACCAGGAGACCUGGUAUACGUGAAGGUGUUCAGACGUAAAUGGAACAGCUCGAGAUGGGACGGACCAUUUGAGGUCAAACGAGCGACCGCAACCGCCGUCCAAGUUCAGAGGUGGUGAGCCUAACAACAGCGAGGCCGGAGAUGAACUCUCACAGCCUGCAGACGGCACCACGGCAUCAGCCAACGCCAGCUCAACCACGAGUGAAACGAGCAACGAGUAAUGAGGGUCGAGACGAUCGAAAUGCAACCAUGAAAUGUGGGACUUCAGUCUAUAAAGGGAAAUCCACCUUUGCAGAACAAGAUAAGUACAACACAACGUUAAUGAGUUUGACAAAGUACACACCAGUGUUUUUACCAGCUGAACUGAAGUCAAUGACUCAUCUAGGUCUUAAAGAACAGUUAAGAGAAAAAACAAAAAGGUUGCGUAAGAAAAGAGAGACCCAAGCUGAAUUCAAAUGGAAAGCAACGGUAACCGAUACAGGAUUUCGUACAAAAUUAGAUACGGAAUUUGUGGUGAACAUUUAUUACAAUGAUCAAAAAUUGUGUGGAAAAAGUGUCAAAAAGGUAUAUACAGAAUAUGGGAUAAAUCAGUGCUCAUUUAUUCUGUACAUAAAGGAUGAUGGUUUUGAGGUAGAAAUAGAAAUAGAAUCCCACAUGGAUCCCGAGGACAAUUACAAAUAUAACUUAACAAUGAAGAAUCUACAAAACCACAAUGUAGUAUCAGGAAAUGGUGAUUUAGAACGAAUAGGAAAUAAGGAAGUUAAUGCUACAGUCCAAAUGUUUAAUGACCGAAUUAGGAUACAUGUGGAGCCAGACAGUGAUAAUUAUGACUUGGUUGAAAGAAACGUGAUUAUCUCUAGAUUACUGCAAAAAGGUGACAGACGAAGGAUGUGUAAUUUGCAUACUAAUGUAAGCCAUCAACUAUCAAGUCUAAAUCAAGAAAACAUUAAUUGUAAUAUGACUGUUUGGAAUGCAGAUUGUGGAUGGAUUAUUGAAGCAAAUGUAAUAGCUUUCCGGAUUAACAAAACAUACGAGUUGAAAUUCGAAGACGUCACCUCGAGUGGAAAAGUAGAUUCAACUAUAUUAUGGACCUUACCACGUAAAGAGACUUUACCAGAAGAUGUAAAUUGUUUUCCCCCAACAACUAUGGCUACUAGAACUACAGUACAAGUGAAGAAAAUGACUGACCCUAGUGGAAAUGUGACUUUACCUACUUCAGUCACUAAAUCAGGACUAAAUAAGUCGACAACUUUAACGGAAAAUACAUUAACGGUCAUAUCAGCGUCUAAAAUUUUAAAUAGCACAAUACAAAUUUCAACAAAUAAUAGUGAUAUUACAAAGGUAAGUACAAGUAAAAUGGAAGUGCAACCUACAGAGGUUGCUUGGGACUUGGACAACGCAAAACCUACCGUGAUUCGACCUAAGAGCAUAAUAACUGAACCUCCAACAACUGUUAUAACUAAAAUAAGUCUACAGCCAAUAGUUUCAAAUACAAUUAAAACCACAAAGGAAGUGUUAAAUACUACUAAACCCUCACUAAUAAGAUUAAUUACAACAGCACCUCCUCCGGUUGAGGUAACAUCAGAUCAGGACAACAACCUAAUAUUAGAAUUCGCAGAACCAGAUCCAAAACAGUAUGGAUGCUCUGAAAAGGAAGGAUGUGAAGAUUUCUCUGAAGGGUUGGAUAAAUUUUAUGAAAAACAAAAUCCAAAAGUAGCUACACCAAGAACAAUAAAUAAAUUACAGGAUAUUAAAUGGCAUGGAAUCAGACCAAGGGGUGAUCCUUUAUGGCAAAGAGCCAUACGUAAUACAUGGUAUAGCUGGUCAUGGUAUACAGCAAGAGAGUUAACUAAAAAUGAUUGCUUAAUCUGUACUGCUGCUCCGGGAGCAGUUCCGAUGGUUAUUCCAGAAAAAUAUACGUCAAAAGAAUGUGCAGGUGUACAACGUCAAAAAUGUAGGAAUGGUGAGUUCACUUCAAGAGAAGACGCAGUGUCAUUCUUUAAAUUACCUAUGUGUGGCUUGAGUUGCAGACUCUUAUAUGGUUCAAGAAACUCUCAUCAAUACUUAGAAAAAUGGAAAGGGUAUAAAUUAGAAUCAUUGUGUGCAGAAUUUAACAUUAGUACUACAGAUAAUGUUCCACCCACUGACUAUGAAAUAGAUUAUGAUGCAGACUACGAAUGUUUCGUCAGUGGAGGUUUUGAGGACAAUGAAGGAAUUAAUGUAGGAAAUACCACUGUAAAAUGUAAUGUAACCUGGGUAUUAUCUUGGUUUAAGCAUGCAAAUGUAACACCAGUGUUUGCUACAAAGCCCGUUUGGUUUGAAAACCCAGAUUUUAUAGAAGAGGACUGUAAAAAUAUAACUAUGACGAUUCCCAAACUUUUCUUUUUAGGAGAUCAAACGUAUCCAGUGGCAGACAGUUACUGGAUGUGUGGUGAUGACAUGCUAAUGAACACCUUACCACUUAAGUGGGUAGGGCUCUGUGCAUUAGUACGAAUGAAAGUACCAAUAACUUUAGUGUAUGAAGGGGUAAAAGAAUUAGCUCAGAUUGAAACAGGUAAAAAUAGGUCUCGUCGGAGUUUAGACGAUUACGGACUAAAUGAAGGAGUUUAUUUAAAUUUUAUUGGUCAACCAAGAGGAAUUCCAGAUGAAUUUAAAGCACAACAUGAAGUUAAAGCAGGUUUUGAGUCUAUUUUACCUCAAAUUACUAUUAAUAAAAAUGUUGAAUGGAUAAAUUACAUUUACUAUAAUCAGCAAAGGAUGAUAAAUUUCACGGUUGAAGGAUUUAUGGCACUGGGAGACCAAGUACAUGAAACAAGUAGAAUGGUAAUACAAAACAGACAAGCCUUAGAUUGGCUUUUAGCAAGUAAGGGAGGUGUUUGUCACAUGUUCGGUAAUCAGUGCUGUACAUACAUUCCCAUGAACACAGCUCCUAAAGGUUCGUUUAGGGCAGUAAUGGUUAAACUUAUGAAACUUAAAGAGGAAGUAAAAGAGAAUGCUGGUAGAAACAACUGGUCGUGGAAAAGUCUGGAAGAAAUUUUAGGAGAAUGGGGUGUUUUAGCUGCUAAAACAGGACUAACUUUGGUAAUAACGCUGAUUGUAAUCUUAUUGUUUCUGUGUUGUGUUGUGCCUAUUUUGAAAAGGUGGAUUGUGGGAACGAUGUAUAGAUGGAUGACAUCAGGCAGCAGCCAUCGAAAAGGCUGACAUCCCGGCCGCCUGGACACGUCUAUGGACUCACACGUAUGCUACAGACUCAUUCCAAAUGGAAAGGAGUACCCGUGAUCGAGACGGACUCUUUUGUUUUGCUACGUGUCCAUGGACUCAUUCAAACCAAGCACAUGAACUGAAGACUGACUAACCCUAUUAACCUUGUUUAAGUUACUCAAUCUAAGAUUAAAUGAAUAAAAUAUAAUACAAUAAAGCAUUAGUAGAUAAGGUAGCACAGGCGGCCGGUUAGUUUAAUCUGUCAUAACAUUAUACUUUAACAUUCGUUUCUGUUUAACCCUCCGUAUCAGUUUAUUAGCAAGAUAAUUUGCAUAUAUAUAAUCCAUGUGUUUCAUAUGUUGUUUAUUGAUGGUUGUAUAUGUUACAUUCUAUUAGGUACUCUUUUUGAAUGAUAAGUGAUGGAUUUCAUUGCAAGUAGCAUGGCUGAUUUCCAAUUGAUGCCGGUCGACCUGACUGGCGGAUGCUCGAUGGGGAACCGAGAUCCAUGGGAGAGUUUUUUCCCCUGAGAACAGUACAUGAAUAAGUGCCAACAACGGGGUUUUUCGCUUCCAUAUCAGCUGGAUUGAUGCCAAUGUGAAAGCAAUGACUAUUUUCUCUCUCUCUCUCUCUCUCUCCCUCUCUCUCUCUCUCUCUCUCUCUCUGAAAUGUGUUAUUGAUUGUAAUUUGCACUUAUUACAAGUCAGUGUUGAUGAACAAUUAUGUGGACACCGUGAUCACAUUAGUAUAUUAUCCAUUGGUUGUGUAAGCAAUUACAUUUUUAGAUGUGUUAUCAUUAUAGCUAAGCUUGAUUAGUGUGGAGUCAGAUUUUCUCUUUAUACGAUGUUUAGUCUAUGUACUUUAGUAUAUAGAGGGUUCCUUAGGAGUGUUACGUAAGUAACGUAACAAGGGAGGAUGUGUAGGGGUUGGAAAACAUCUGAAGUCUGUUUGUCCUGAAAGCGAGGCAAAGGGAGCACAAGUCCAGAAUACGACCAGGACAUGACAUCCUGUGUGACCCAAACAGAGGUCAACUGACAAGAUAAGGUUGUCUGUUUUUCAACGUUUGUGGAGCUGUUCCCAGAAAUAAGACCAAUGUCUGCCAAAGGAGGCUGGAAGGACGUGGACCAAUGGAUGCAUGUAGAAUCUUAUUUGUAACACACACCCAUCUGUGGGAUAUAAAAUGCAUGUACACUAUGUUGUAAUCAGAACCCUAUCUCACACCCGUUCGUACGUGCUUGAGAGGUAAAGCCUGAAAUAAAUUGGGUUCCCAGUUGGCAAGCAGAAAGA